CAUUUGCAUAAUGUAUAAAAUUGUAACGUUAAAAAAACAAUUCAUUUCAGUUAAAAGGAUGUUAAGAAUUUUUAAAGCAUCACCUUUUCUCACAAUAAAAAAUAAAUUACAUCAGCCAAACAUUUGUGCUCAUAUGUAUAAUGUGAUAUCAGUGUUUCUCUGCAUGAAUAUAGGUAACAUUUCCAGACUCUUCUGCUCUGAUACUGCUGCACUGAGACCCUUCUCACAAAUGUCCCGCUGUGAAUCUAAUAUUUCCAUAUUUUAUGAUUGUUUCAACAUUUUUAAGUACUUAACUUGCAUCGGCAUCUUGCUUAAAUUCUCUUUUUUGUUUUUAAGGUACAAAAGAGACAGCGUUUAUCUACGCAGUAAUGGCUGCCGGCCUGGUUCACGCGGUCACCCGCUCUUGCAGUGCUGGAAAUAUGACAGAGUGUUCGUGUGAUAUGAGCCUGCUGGGCAGCGGUUCUCCCACGGAGGGAUGGCACUGGGGUGGGUGCUCUGAUGACAUCGCCUUCGGGACUUCGUUCAGCCGUCGCUUCAUCAACAAUUCGGUAAAGAACAUAUCAGCCCGUAGUGAGGAUGCCCUGCUCACUAUGAACCAGCAUAACAGCGAGGCUGGGAGACAGGCGGUGGCCAAAACAAUGUUGACAGACUGUCGCUGUCAUGGCGUGUCGGGUUCGUGUGCGGUAAAAACAUGUUGGCGCACAAUGGCUGCAUUCGAGCGUGUGGGCGCCUACCUGAAGGAGCGUUACGAAAACAGCGUUCAGGUGGUGGACCGUUCUAAACAUAAGGUGCGACGUAAGGACAAAGACCAUCGCCACACACCUAUUAGCAAAGAAGAGUUAAUCUUCUUCAACAAAUCUCCCAAUUACUGUUUGGAGGACCGGCGGUUGGGCGUGACGGGGACCAGGGGCCGCAGGUGUAACAGAACUUCAGCCGGGCCGGACGGCUGUAACCUGCUCUGCUGUGGGCGGGGCUACAACACACACGUGGUACGACACGUAGAGCGCUGCGAGUGUAAAUUCGUCUGGUGCUGCUACGUUCGCUGUCGCCGCUGUGAGACAAUGAACGACAUGCACACCUGCAAGUAGUGCAACUACUCGGGGAGGGAUCUUGUGAGAGGAAGUGGACCUUCUUUGUGCUCUCACCCCCGUUGGGCCUAUACAAAUAACAAAAUAUCCAUGGCAACCGGCAGUCCAAUACCAGGGAGAAAUGGUAUAAUCCCUAAAUCCACAUGCGUAACUCUUCCCAUGGGCUUCAAGUGGGAGUUAAGCCAUUUUGUAUAUAGUGACUGUGGAAUAUAACUGGAGCAUAAAGGGAACUAAAAUACUGGGAACAGCAGAAAAAGUGUAAAUAGAUGCUUUUGUUUAAGUUUGUAUUGAACGCUUUUACAGUUAACGAUGACUUAUAGUGGGAAUUAUGUAGAUAAUAUACCAAGGUAUUUUUUAUACGAUGUUUUAUAGGUUGCAAUUGAGAAUCCCUUGAGUAAAAGAGAGAAAUAAUUCACAAAGCAUGUAUUCUGCAAUUUUAGCUAUAUAUUUCACGAUUUAAAUGUACAUAUUAAAUUAUGAACAAUGGACGUGUGCGAUUUCAACCUUAUUAAAAUUAAAUAAAAAAAUGUAGAGACCCUGUACUUUCUUUUUGCUUGUGACUGCUGAUGUUUCUCCGUCUCCCAAA